UAAAAAUAUAAAAAAAAACCAAAAAAAAAAAAGAAAAAGAGAGAGAAAGAGAGAGAGGGAAACACAGUGAGAUGGAAAUUUUCACGCUGAGGAGGAAGAGGAAGAAGAAGAAGAAGAGCACGAAAACCCUACCGAACCCAACCACGACGACGACGACGACGACGAACCCGUCGACGCGGCGGUGCCGCGCCCUGUGCUGCGGCUCGCGCCCCAGCGUCUCCUCGUCCUCGUCCUCCUCGUCCUCCUCGGACUCGGACCGCGCCCUCGCGAGCCUCGCGCACGGCGUGGUCCAGGCGCGGCUGGAGCGGCUCAUCGACGAGGCCGCCGCGCCCGAGCGAGGCGGGGGGCGGCGGUGCGUGGUGUUGAUCGCCAUGGACAAGGCCUCGUACGACCCGCGCGGGGACUUCAGGAGGUCGAUGUGGGAGGUGAUCACGGCGAAGGGGAUGAUGGGGGAGCCGCGCGAGCUCCGCAGCCUCUUGAACUGCUACAUCGCCAUGAACGCGCGGGAGCUCCGCAGAGACAUCCUCGAGGCGUUCCACGAGGUGUGCUCCGCUCUCUUCUUGCGCAGUCGAUAAAUUCAAAUUUUCAAAAAAUAAUAAUAAUAAUAAUUCACAAGUGGUUCAAAUGUAGUUUUUCUUUUUCUUUUUCUUUUUCUUUUUUUCUUUUUAUUUUGCUGAUUUUAAUUAAUAAUGAUAAUAAAAUUGUUCCUGUAAUUAAACUGAUUGAGAGUU